AUGAUUUCUAGUAACUAAACGAAAUCAUUACUUGAAAGCAUGGAGAAGAAUGAAGAUCCAUCCGCUUUUGCAGAUGCUUUAGGCCUUUUAGAAAAGCUAAUCACCAAUAUAAUAAACAACCCCAACGAAGAUAAAUUUAAACAUAUAAAGAUGACAGUUAAAGCAUUAGCCACUCGUCUAUUUAAUAUAAGAGAAAUGGCAUAAUUACUCACAUGUUUAGGUUUCAUUUAAUUAGAAUAAGAAUUUUAUCUCCCUGAUGAAGAAUAUGCAACAUUAUUAGAGAAUUUCAAUACAAUUAAGUGGUAGCAUAUUUUAGCUUAAGGAAGAGUAGAGGGACCUCAACAAUAUCAACGAGCUUAAGAAAUAGUUAGAUAAUAGCAAGAAGCUUAGAGAUAAUACGAAAAAGAGAUAAAAGAAAAGGAGAAAAUUUAAUAAUAAAUGAAAUAUGAUAGAUAAGAGAGAAGUUUAGUGAAAGAGAAGGAUUCAAAAGCCAAUGAUUUGUAAUUUGGUGCCAAAGUGAAAACAUGUGAACAGCUAGGCAUAAAUAAGAAUAAUGGUAAACGUGGGUGAGGUUGAGCGGGGCGAAGGUUUAAAUACUUUCGCCUCGCAUUAUAAUAAUAAGGAAAAUAAUCAAUCAACCAAUAGAAGUAAGAAAUUACUUCUUAGAUGAUCAAAGUGCAUUUAAAACUAACAGAUGCUUUUUGAGAGAUGGAUUGUGAGUUUUCUUUAUAUAUAAAUGUAUGGUGAAGAAAAUAAGAUAUUA